AAAAUGAGGAUGAGGAGUCAAUUCAUGUAGAUGUUGGGGAUGAUGUUUUGGUGCAAGAACAAGAAGGAAUUGAGAAUGAAGUGGCAAAUGAUCGAGAGGAACAUGAACAAGAACAAGAACAUAAUGGAGAAAAUGAGGAAGAGAAAGAGGAUGAUGGUGUGCAAAGAAAUAAAGGAUUUGAGACUCAAAUGGCACCUGAUGGACAUCAAGAAGCACCUGAUACAGAUAUUUUCAAUGAAUAUGGGGAUGGAGAAGACAGUAAUAAGGAAGUGGAUGAGAAUGAUGUUGUGGUGCAAGAACGCGAAGGAAUUCAGAAAGAACUUGCAAUUGAUGGACAACAAGCACAGGAUAAUGAUACUUUCAAUGAACAUGGGGAUGGAGACAGUAAUAAGGAAGUGGAUGAGGAUGAUGUUGUGGUGCAAGAACGGGAAAAAAUUCAGAAAGAAAUUGCAACUGAUGGACAACAACAAGCACAAGAUUCAG